AUGGUUGAGUCAACACGAUAUCAUAAGUCUGUUCUUUUUGUUUGUUUGUUUGUUUGUUUGUUUCUUUCUUUGAUCUAUCUAUCUAUCUAUCUAUCUAUCUAUCUAUCUAUCUAUCUAUCUAUCUAUCCUAGUCUGUUCUUUCUUUCUUUCUUUUAUCUAUCUAUCUAUCUAUCUAUCUAUCUAUCUAUCUAUCUAUCUGUUCUUUUUCUUUCUUUCUUUCUUUCUUUCUUUCUUUCUUUCUUUCUUUCUUUCUUUCUUUUCUGUUCUUUCUUUCUUUCUUUCUUUUUUUUAUCUAUCUAUCUAUCUAUCUAUCUAUCUAUCUAUCUAUCUAUCUAUCUAUCUAUCUAUCAGAGCCGCUUUAAUAUCUAUCUAUCUAUCUAUCUAUCUAUCUAUCUAUCUAUCUAUCUAUCUAUCUAUCUUAGUCUGUUCUUUCUUUCUUUCUUUCUUUCUUUCUUUCUUUCUUCUAUCUAUCUAUCUAUCUAUCUAUCUAUCUAUCUAUCUAUCUUAUCUGUUCUUUCUUUCUUUCUUUCUUUCUAUCUAUCUAUCUAUCUAUCUAUCUAUCUAUCUAUCUUAGUCUUUCUUUCUUUCUUUCUUUCUUUCUUUCUUUCUCGACCUCUUUUUCUUUCCUCGCUGCCGAGUGUCGUUUUCCUCAAAUGCAUCAGUCAUUUUUUUUUUUUUUCCAAGAUAAAUUUUCCUUUCUUUUUUCUUUCAAUUUUUGACAGAUUUCUUUUUCUUUUUUUCGUUCAAAUUCAUUUAACAUGUUUCUUUGUAUCCUCAAUUUUAAAGAUUUCCCUCCUUUUUAUACAUUUGUAUUUCUUGCUUUGUUUAAUUCUGCCUAAUUUUAGCGUGUUACCAUUGUUUCUUUCUUCUUUUCUUUCUUUCUUUCUUUCUUUUUUCUUUCUUUCUUUCUUUCUUUUUUCUUUCUUUCGUACAUUCGUUCUUUCUUUCUUUCGUUCUUUCUUUCUUUCUUUCUUUCUUUCUUUCGUUCUUUCUUUCUUUCUUUCUGUCAUUCGUUCUUUCUUUCUUUCUUUCUGUCAUUCGUUCGUUCUUUCUUUUUUACUAUCCUCUUUCUUUUUUCUUUCUUCUUUCUUUCUUUUCUUUCUUUCUUUCUUUUCUUUCUUUCUUCGUUCGUUCUUUUUCUUUUUUACUCAUUCGUUCGUUCUUUCUUUUUUUUCUUUCUUUCUUUCUUUCUUUUUUCUUUCUUUCUUUCUUUCUUUCUUUUCUUUCUUUCUUUUCUUUCUUUUCUUUCUUUCUUUCUGUCAUUCGUUCUUUCGUUUUUUUUUUUACUAUCAUUUUUCGUUCUUUUCUUUUUCGUUCUUUCUUUCUUUCUUUCGUUCUUUCUUUCUUUCUGUCAUUCGUUCGUUCUUUUUCUUUUUUAUCUUUCAUUCUUUCGUUUUUCUUUCUUUCUUUCUUUUUUCUUCAUUCUUUCUUUCUUUCUUUCUGUCAUUCGUUCGUUCUUUCUUUUUUACUAUCUUUCUUUCGUUCUUUCUUUUUUUCUUUCUUUCUGUCAUUCGUUCUUUCUUUCUUUCGUUCUUUCUUUCUUUCUUUCUUUCUUUCUGUCAUUCGUUCGUUCUUUCUUUUUUACUAUCAUUCUUUCGUUCUUUCUUUUUUUUGUUCUUUCUUUCUUUCUGUCAUUCGUUCAUUCUUUCUUUUUUCUUUUUUACUAUCAUUCUUUCGUUCUUUCUUUCGUUUUCGUUCUUUUUCUUUCAUUCUUUCUUUCUUUCUGUCAUUCGUUCGUUCUUUUUCUUUUUACUAUCAUUCUUUUCAUUCUUUUCUUUCUUUUCUUUCUGUCAUUCGUUCGUUCUCUUUUUUUUCUAUCAUUCUUUCGUUCUUUCUUUCUUCGUUCUUUCUUUCUUUCUUUCUUUCUGUCAUUCGUUCGUUCUUUCUUUUUUACUAUCAUUCUUUCGUUCUUUCUUUCUUUCGUUCUUUCUUUCUUUCUUUCUUUCUGUCAUUCGUUCGUUCUUUCUUUUUUACUAUCAUUCUUUCGUUCUUUCUUUAUUUCGUUCUUUCUUUCUUUCUUUCUUUCUUACUGUCAUUCGUUCUUUCAUUCUGUCAUUCGUUCUUUUUUUCUUUUUACUAUCUUUCGUUCUUUCUUUUGUUCUUUCUUUCGUUCGUUCUUUCUUUCUUUCUUUCUUUCUGUCAUUCGUUCUUUCUUUCUUUAUGUCAUUCGUUCUUUCUUUCUUUCUUUCUUUCGUUCUUUCUUUUUCUUUCUUUCGUUCUUUCUUUAUUUGUUUAUUUCUUUCUAUUAUUGCUUUCUUUCUAACUUUACAUCUUUCUUUCUCUCAUUCCUUCAUCCUUUCCUUUCAAUACUUUCUUUCUUUAUUCUUUCUUUCUUUAUUCUUUCUUUCUCGGUUCUUUCUUUUUUCUCGGUUCUUUCUUUCUUUCUUUCUCACUUCUUUAUUUCUUUCUUUCUUUCUCGGUUCUUUCUUUCUCGGUUUUUUCUUUCUCAGUUCUUUCUUUCUUUCUUUCUCACUUCUUUAUUUCUUUCUUUCUUUCUCGGUUCUUUCUUUCUCGGUUUUUUCUUUCUCGGUUCUUUCUUUCUUUCUUUCUCAGCUCUUUGUUUCUUUCUUUCAUCCUUACUUUUUCGGUUCUUUCUUUUUUUUCUUUCUUUCUUUCUUUCUUUCUUUCUUUCUCGGCUCUUUCUUUCUUUUUCGGCUCUUUGUUUCUUUCCUUCAUCCUUACUUUUUCGGUUCUUUCUUUUUUUCUUUCUUUCUUUCUUUCUUUCUUUCUCGGCUCUUUCUUUCUUUCUUUCUUUCUUUCUUUCUCGGUUCUUUCUUUCUUUCUUUCUCGGCUCUUUGUUUCUUUCUUUCAUCCUUACUUUUUCGGUUCUUUCUUUUUUUCUUUCUUUCUUUCUUUCUUUCUCGGUUCUUUCUUUCUUUCUUUCUUUCUCGGCUCUUUGUUUCUUUCUUUCAUCCUUACUUUUUCGGUUCUUUCUUUUUUUCUUUCUUUCUUUCUUUCUCGGUUCUUUCUUUCUUUCUUUCUCGGCUCUUUGUUUCUUUCUUUCAUCCUUACUUUUUCGGUUCUUUCUUUUUUUCUUUCUUUUUUUCUUUCUCGGUUCUUUCUUUCCUCCUGUUUUUCUCUUACUGUUUUAUUUCCUUCAUCCUGUUUUAA